AAUGAAGAAACGGUAUCUAGAUUUUACCUCAUCAAAGUUAAGUCUAUGUAUAUUCUAUUGUCACUGUCACAAGUAAAUCUCUGUAUACAUAAGAUAACGAUACGGGUUCAAAGAAAAGACAAAAUUUUUCGGGUUAGAGGUAAUAAAAUAUAAUUGAUGUUCAAAUGUAUAUAAAAAUGUAUAAUGUUUGGUAAGUUUGGGAAAGUUUGGUAAAAAAAAGCAUAUAAAAAAAAAUAAACAUAAUGUUAUAUUUACAAGAUAGAGAGAAGCUUCGUAUUUCAAACAACUGUUUGAUCGAUAUCUUCAUACCCAACGAAGAGGUUAACAGUAUCAAAGUUACUUAUCUUGUUAGAAGAAAAUAAGCUCUAUUACGUUUUAGUAGCUACAAUUAUAAAUGAGAAAUCAUGCCGCCAAAGAAGCGAAAGAAGGAUGUUAAACAAAUGUCUAUAGAGCAAUUACCACCGGUAGAACCAGAUAUUCCCGAGGUAAUAGAAACGGAAGAGGCACCAAAGCCAUUAAUAUCAAUAGUAACAGGGGAACCAUUUGGUCCUCGAGUUCGUUACAUUAGCGAAAAGGAAGAAGGAGAAAGUUCAGACGAUGAGCCAGAAUCUGAAAGCGACGAUGAACUUAAACUCUUGAAAGAUGAACUACCGGAAGUGCCCUCAGAAUUUUGGCAUAUACAAAAGCUUAUCAGAUACAUGAAAGCAGGCAAUCAAACAGCGACCAUGGUGGCUCUUUGCCUCUUGAAGGAUUACGACCUUAAUAGCAGGAUAAUACAAAAAGCUAUUCAGGAGAUGGGAGGUCUGGAAAUCUUGGUCAAUCUACUCGAAACGAAAGAUUUAAAGUGUCAAAAUGGUUCUUUGACAGCCUUACUUCAGAUUGCAACUUGCACGGAAAUGCGACGAUAUCUAAUUGAUCUUGGUAUUGUCACACCAUUAAUUGAUAUGUUGAGGCAUCCAGCUAGAGAUAUCCAGGUUCUGGCUACUGAAACCAUGGCUAUCAUUGCGCGAAUUAGAAAAGCAAGGAAACAAAUACGUGUUCGUGGUGGCAUACCGCUCAUUUUGGACGUGAUGGAUAUACCAGACAUAACUUUAAAACGAUCUUAUGAUGAUUUAUCCGAAACUAAUAAAGAGCUACUCGCAGUUGCAAUUGGUUGUGCCAAAGUUUUGGAUUCCUUAAGCAGCAGCCCAAAGGUGAAAGAACAGCUUCAUAAACAUGGAGUGGUAAAGAUCAUGGAACGUUUUUUGAAGUCUGGACAUACUUCUUUGGUAAUACCCAUGAUGGGUGCCGUUCAACAGUGUGCGACUCUGGAAGCAUUUCAAAAGUCAUUUGAACAAACGGACAUUAUGCCUGAUGUUGUACGGCACUUAAAAAAGACCGAUAAUAUUAAACUGAAGGAAAAUUGCGCACUAGCUAUAUUUCAUUGUGGUGUCAACAAAGUUGCAAGAGAUAUAGUUCGAGAAGCAUCUGGUCUGGAUAUGCUGUGCAAGCUUUUGCAGGACAAAGAAGUCUGCGCAAAUAAGCGUUUGCUAGCCGCGGUUACAGGCGGAAUUUGGAAAUGUGCGGCGAGCGCAGAAAAUAUAUUGAGGUUUAAUCAGAACGGUUUAGUCGCACUGCUGGUGCCAUUUUUAGAAGAGCAUGAGGAUGAGAACGUACUGGCGCACGUAGUAGGAGCAUUAGCUGAAUGUUGCAAAGAUACUACUAACAGGGAUAUUCUGAGAAUCAACGAAGGUUUACCAAAGUUGAUAAAAUUGUUGAGUUCAACGUAUGAACCUUUGCUGGAAAACAUACCAAUGGUGAUUAAAGAAUGCGCGCAAAAUGAACAAUGUAUGGAUAUUAUUAACGAUCCUGAACACAUUUUGGACGGAGUCCGCUUGGUCUGGUCGCUUUUGAAACAUCCCAGUGAUGCGAUCAAAAGAAAUGCUUGUCUCGCAUUAGUUCCAUGUAUCAAAUACGCCAAGGACUCUCCUGAAAUGGUACGUGCAUUCGUAGGUGGAUUGGAGUUAACAGUUAGCCUUCUUCAAAGCAAAGACACAAAAGUGCUGAGUGCUGUAUGCGCUACAAUUGCUCAAAUUGCUAAAGAUCCAGAAAAUCUGGGUAUUCUUAGUGAUCAUGGGGUGGUGGAGGAAUUAUCAAACCUAGUAGAAACGGAAGAUGAAUGUUUACGUGCAAAUUUGACUUUAGCAAUAGCUUAUUGCAGUGAAUGGGAAGAAAAUAGUUAUAAAUUUGGUCAACUGAAAGCAGUCGGACCACUCAUUAACUACAUGACGAGUAAAAAUAAAGACGUUCUCAGAGGAGUUUGUAUAGCUGCGUAUCAUUUAAGCAAAGAUCCUUCGAACUGUAUUACUAUGCAUUCUUAUGGAAUCAUAAAGCAUGUACUACGGUUGGUUGGAUCAGAUGACCCAGAAGUGCAAAUCGCUGCUGCAUCCACAAUUCGAAACAUCAGAAAACUUGCAUUAACAGCUGAGAAACUACACUUUAAAGAAAUAAAAACACUGGAAGAAACAGAUUUCCUUUUGUAAUGCAGUGCUUCUUCACAUAUUUAACAGAACAAUAAAGUUCAACUGAAGAAAACAUAACGAAAACAUCUUUAUUGAACCAAAUCACUAUGAUAUUAAUAAAUACGAUUGAUUUUUUUCACCAACAUAUUUAUGCUCGAGUAUAAAAUAACAAAACAAAUAAAAUAUUAUAACAAGUGGUUUAAAUGUUAUAUAUUAUCAACGUGACUAUUGUAUUACUUUGUAUUGCUUUUGUAUUAGCAAUUUGUAUUACUUUUUCAAUAGUCUUAUCACAACAUUUUUUUGUACUUAUUUUGUACUGCAUUUAGAACAUUUAUCUCACUUUGUACUACAUUUUACUAUUGUAUCAGAUCUUUGAUGAUCCUUCC